GUGAAGGGAAAGAGAGUAGAGGGUGGGCCACAGAUGUUGCAGCUCAGUCUGGACGGAAAGCGAUUAUACUUUACAACAUCGCUUUACAGUGUAUGGGACAACCAGUUUUAUCCCAGCCUCCCCAAGUACGGCAGUCAGCAUUUUCAUUGAUAAGAAAAGAUAAAAAAUUGCUUAAUUAUUUCCUUCCUCGGAAGUCUGGUUUUAUGGACUGCGGACGUAAUCACACGACGACAACUUAAAAGGAGUGAAAACGCAGCGUUCUUUCAUUGCCUUAAUUUCAAAAUUCAUCGCGAUUUUCCCAACUUGCUUACCGUGUCAAAUGUAGUCGAACUCUCUUGGAGCUGAAUUCCUGACUAUUGAAGUUCAGAAAGAGAGAAAAAUUCAUUUUCGUUUGUUCACGUCCUCCAUAAAUUAUAACAGGCGAUUUCUGUCCAAGUCGGCAAAGAAAUAUAUAACUAAAAAGUUUAACCAAAUGUCAUGUGGGGCGGCUUUGUGCUAACUAAUUGAACCUAUGAUGACUGGCCUGUUGCCAACUCCUUGAGUAUUUUCGUAUUUUCUUAAAAAUAUCCUGCCAUUCUAGAAGCUUCUACUUCCUCAUAAACCAUUCAUUCAACGCCGCCACCAUUCCAGAACGGCCGCUUAGUUCCCUCUCCAAGUUAACAGAUGUGGAGAUGAUUGACUGUAGCAUUUUUUCUCUUACGCUUUUCUUCACAGGAAAGGUAGCAUGUUGCUUCAAGUGGACGCUGAUACAGUCAAUGGUGGUCUCAAGUUGAAUCCUGAUUUCUGCGUUGAUUUUGGAGAGGAACCCGAUGGACCCACCUUUGCACAUGAAGUGCGAUAUCCGGGAGGAGACUGUUCCUCUGACAUAUGGCUGUAA